AUGGCUACAAGUGAAAAUGUGGACCCACAACAGUAUACACGCGUAUCGGAUAUUGUCAAUGAACCACAAGAGAUGCUCAUGCCAAUUCGAGGCUAUGAAAAAAUGCCAAUAGUGCCAUUGGAAGAAGCUGUCAUACCACUUAUUUCGAUUUUACCUGAAAUUCAAGAUUAUGCUUAUGUGGCGAAACAACGAUGUAAAUCCGUACCACCCGAUAAUUUAACACAGGAUGAAUCAGCAUCAAUCAUGCUUUACUCUAUGGAAUGGAAACCACAUGAAGAAUGUUUAUAUUUUGCCCUUAACGCAACUCUUCGUAGUGAAGACAGACGAAAACUAGAACCAUGGUUUUCGUAUUUGAAACUUAUUCUGACAGCACUCGAAAAAUUACCAUCCACACGAUGCAAUGCGUUUCGUGGAGUGAAUUUAGACUUAACAAAUCAUUAUACUCAAGGAAAAACAUUUGUCUGGUGGGGAUUUUCUUCAUGUACAACAUCGAUUGAAGUACUCCAAAACGAACAAUUUUUAGGCAAAACUGGUCAGAGAACAUUGUUUACAAUCGAAUGUGAUAGUGGUAAAGAUAUCAGUCGUCAUUCGUAUUAUCAAAAGGAAAAAGAAAUUCUUCUUCUAGCUGCUCGACAAUUUAUUGUAGUAGGUUGUCUUCGACCAGCACCAGGUCUUCAUAUGAUUCAAUUAAAAGAGACAAAGCCUCCAAUUACUCUUUUAAAACCGGUUACGAAUCAAUAUGUGCAGAUUAAUUCAACACCGGAUUUUCAUCAGUCAAAUCAUUCUACAACUAGUACAGCACCUAUAUCAAAGAAUCCAAUAAUAGCAUUAUAUAAAAAGCUAACUCAAUCUCAAAUAAAACAAGAACAAAUUCAAACAAAAAAGAAUCAAUACAAACAAUUUGGAAUUACUGUUGCUGGAGGAAAUGAACGAGGAGUGGAAUUAAAUCAACACUAUGGUCUUCAAGGGAUUUGUAUUGAUAAUGAUAAAUCAAUUUAUAUUGCUGAUUGUCACAAUGAUCGUAUUGUUAAAUGGAAAGUGAAUUCAACUGAAGGUCAAAUUAUUGCAGGUGGAAAUGGUGAAGGAAAUCACAAUAAUCAAUUGAAGGGUCCAACAGAUAUAGUUUUUGAUAAAGAAAAUAAUUCUUUUAUUAUUUCUGAUAACGGGAACAGACAAAUAAUUCGAUAUUUUGAUAAUAAUCAAACAAAUCAACAAAUUAUCAUUUCAAAUAUUAAAUGUGAUGGUCUCACAGUCGAUAAAAGUGGAUUUAUUUAUGCUUCUAAUUGUGACCGUAAUGAAGUAAGACGAUGGAAACAAGGAAAUGCAAAAGGUAAACUAGUUGCAGGUGGAAAUGGUCAAGGAAAUCAUCGUACUCAACUCAAUGGUCCUAUUUAUAUCUUUAUUGAUGAAGAUUAUUCUCUUUAUGUAUCAGAUUGUUUUAAUAAUCGUGUAAUGAAAUGGAAAAAAGAUGCAAAAGAAGGAAUUAUUGUUGCUGGUGGAAAUGAUGAAGGAGAUAGUCUCAAUCAGUUGUAUUAUCCUCAUGGAGUGAUUGUUGAUCAUUUGGGUCAAAUCUAUGUGGCAGAUCAUUAUAAUAAUCGAGUAAUGCGUUGGUGUGAAGGAGAUGAAGAAGGUGAAAUUGUUGUUGGUGGAAAUGGUGAAGGAAAUCAAUCAAAUCAGUUGAUCCGACCCACAGGUUUAUCAUUUGAUAAUGAAGGGAAUAUUUAUGUUGUUGAUUGUGACAAUCAUCGAAUCCAAAAAUAUGAAAAACUAUGA